UUAAAAAAAAAAAAAAAAGUCAGAGUCGACUUUUCCUCUCCUAUUUGGUGAACUCUGUUUAUUUUGAUUAAAAAGAUGGAAAAGCUGAUUAUUAUAAAGCAAGUAUUUGAUUUACUUUUUGAUGAUAGCAGUGAAGAGGAUAGCGAUGAAGAUAUCAGGGUUAUCAGUAGUCGAAAGAAACUAAUUAAUAGUUCUGUCAAAGCCCUGAAGCAAAAAAUUAAUGAGGAUAAUGAUGGCAUUAAUGAGGACCAGGAUGUUGCGGCAAAUAUGGCAAAAGCACAUGAAACAUUUACGGGGCAUGUAGUCCCUAGAAUGUCUGCAAAAACCUUCAAGCAACGUUUUCGUGUAAAUCCGAAUGUUUUUUGAAUUAAUUUGCAAGGAUAUCUAUCCGUUCUUGCAUAAAAAAUAUGGCACUGGGCGAAAUCCUGUAAAACUUGAAAAGCAGGUAAUGAUAACACUCUUUUACCUAGGAAACACAGGAGGAUUAAGGAUAAUUGCUAGUAUGUUCGAAGUGAGCAUUUCAACAGCAUGGAGGACAAUCUCCAGCGUAUGCGAUGCAAUUUUAAAGAUGAAUGGAGAGAAAAAAAUUGUAAAAUGGCCAAGUAGCGUUGAAGCAGAAAAAACUGCAAAUCAUUAUUAUUCAACCCAUAAAUUAAAAGGAGUUAUAGGGUGCAUAGACAGUUGUCAUUUGACGAUUAGAACACCAAAACACGCAAAAAAAUCAUAUGCAAACAGAAAGGGUACACAUUCCGUACUUCUACAAGCGAUUUCGAACGAGAAAAUGGAGUUUUUGUACUUUUACGCAGGCGAAUGUGGUUCACUUAAUGAUGCUUCCCUAAUUGCGAAAUCCGGACUAGAAAAUAAAAUAAACACAGUUUGCUUUAAAAUUGCUAUGGAUCAGCAUUUGCUAGGCGACUUCUCGUAUCCACUUAAACCAUGGUUGAUCACUCCAUUUCGAGAUAAGGUUGGGCUCACAGACGAACAAAUGUUUUUUAACAUAAUACAUACUGAGUGCCUUGAUGACAUAAAACGUGCAUUUGGGCUGCUCAAAGGCAGAUUUCGUCGUUUAAAUUACAUAGAUUGCCUAAGAACUGCCGCAACAACGAAAUUCAUUGCUGCUUCCUGCAUAAUUCAUAACAUAUGUCUGUACAACGAAGAUUUUCCAGAUGAGGACGUACAAAUAGAAGUUGAGGAAGACGAGAAAGAAUGUUGUAGUGAACAUGAACAUAAUGUAUCGGCAAGUCAAAAAAGGGACGAGCUAAUGAACGAAUUACACACAUGACUGAAAUAAACAA